AUGAGGGGCAAGAAGGCAUCAAAAAAAGUAUUUCACAGCGAGCACUUUGUCUUGGACGACAACAUCGACAUGGACCAGAUCAUCCCGGUGAAGUACCUAACCCUCGUUCCUUCGAACCCGAAGAAGUAUACGAAGCUGGGGAGCCUGGCACUCGUAGGGCUCCCUUCUUGGUACCCUAGCUUCGUGGCACCCAGGCAGCCCUUGUCUCGCUAUGCCAUCAUCAUUGCGGGGGCCAAUUUUAGGUGCGGCUCUUCGAGGGAGCAUGCCCCUGCUGCCCUAGGUGCGUUAGGCGUCAAGGCCGUGGUGGCCGAGUCCUAUGCGCGCAUCUUCUUCAGGAAUUCAGUGGCGACUGGGGAAAUUUACCCCCUUGAAUCCGCAGAGGGGAGGCUUUGCAACGAGUGCAAGACGAGGGAUUUGUUGACUGUGGAGAUGGAGAAGGAGAGGGACAACCACACCACUGGGAAGGAGUAUAAGCUCAAGCCGAUCAGGGAUGCGGGGCAGGUGAUUGAGGCUGGCGGGAUCUUUGCAUACGCUCGCAAGACCGGUAUGAUCGUAGCCACAGUAGUGUAAUAGGGAACAAGACA